CACUGCCGCCGUUCGACCUACCUCACGGCGAGGACAGUAAAGCAGGGAGCAUUUCAGCACCUGAGAGCUGUCCCUUGAGCACGAGCCAGCUGACGACUGACGGUGACAAUGGCCAAGGUGAAGCAGGUGGGCUUGCUGGCAGCAGGCUGUCAGCCCUGGAAUAAAGAUGUGUGUGCUGCUAGUGGAGACCGCUUUGCCUACUGUGCUACUUUGGCUAUAUACAUCUACCAGUUGGACCAACAGUACAAUGAAUUUAAGCUGAGGUCCAUCAUGUCAGAGCACAAGAAGACCAUAACAGCCAUCAGUUGGUGUCCUGACAACCCUGAUCUGUUUGCAUCAGCCUCUGCUGAUAACCUGCUCAUCGUAUGGAACGUGUCAGAACAAAAGGCUGUAGCAAGACUGGACAGUACUAAAGGUGUCCCUGCAUCAGUAAGUUGGUGCUGGAACUUCACUGACGGAGUGGCGUUUGUCUCCCAACGUGGUCCACUAUAUAUCUGGGUAUAUGGAGGUCUUGACCCUGGGGUCACAGUACAUAAAGAAGCCCACUCCUUCCUUUCUGAUAUCUGUCUCUUCAGAUGGCAUCCCACCAAGAAGGGCAAACUGGUGUUCGGACACACCGACGGUAGUUUGUCUGUUUUUCAGCCAGGGAGUAAAGGCCAAAAGCAUGUGCUGCGUCCAGAGUCAUUAGAAGGGACAGAUGAAGAGGACCCAGUCAGUGCUCUGGAAUGGGACCCUUUAUCAACUGACUAUUUACUAGUGUCUAACCUCCAUAAUGGUAUCAGGCUGGUGGACAGCGAGGCCUUGGCUUGUAUCACGUCCUUCUGCUUCCCCUCAGCUGCUGCAUCAGUUCAGUGUCUGGCCUGGGUCCCCUCUGCACCAGGCAUGUUCAUCACCGGAGACUCCCAGGUUGGAGUGUUGAGGGUAUGGAAUGUGUCUCGCUCCACUCCCUUGGACAGCUUUAAACUAAAAAAGACCGGAUUUCAUGCGUUGCAUGUCCUCAACUCCCCUCUUGCCAAGAAAGCUCAGAGUUCCUGUUCUCCCAGUAAAAGCCAGCACACCAGUUCCACCAGCGCCUUUUUCCCCACCUUUGGUCAUGUAGAGACUAUCUUUGACUGUAAAUUUAAGCCAGAUGAUCACAACCUGCUGGCUACAGCUAGUUUUGAUGGAACCAUCAAAAUCUGGGACACAAACACACUAACAGCUGUUUACACCUCCCCCGGCAAUGAAGGAGUGGUCUACUCCUUGUCCUGGGCUCCAGGAGACCUGAACUGCAUUGCAGGCGCAACAUCUCGUAAUGGAGCGUUCAUCUGGGACGUCAGAAAAGGAAAGAUCAUCACUCGCUUUAAUGAGCAUGGUAAGAACGGUAUAUUCUGUAUAUCAUGGAGCCAUAAGGAUUCUAAGAGGAUUGCUACCUGUAGUGGAGACGGAUUCUGUAUCAUCCGGACCAUUGAUGGUAAAAUCCUCCAUAAGUACAAACAUCCUGCUGCUGUGUUUGGUUGUGACUGGAGCCAGAACAACAAGGAUAUGAUAGCAACAGGCUGUGAGGAUAAAAAUGUUCGUGUGUACUACUUGGCCACCAGCUCUGAUCAGCCUCUGAAGGUCUUCACUGGGCACUUAGCUAAAGUAUUCCAUGUUCGCUGGUCUCCACUAAGAGAGGGAAUACUAUGUUCUGGAUCAGAUGAUGGGACUGUUCGUCUAUGGGACUACACACAGGAUGCGUGUAUCAAUGUGCUAAGUGGUCAUACAGCUCCUGUCAGAGGCUUGAUGUGGAACACGGAGAUUCCUUACCUUCUCAUUUCAGGUUCUUGGGAUUAUACAAUCAGAGUGUGGGACACAAGAGAUGGCACAUGUCUAGAUAUAGUCUAUGACCACGGAGCUGAUGUCUAUGGUUUAACAUGUCAUCAGAGUCGUCCAUUCACCAUGGCCAGCUGUAGCAGAGACAGUACAGUGAGGCUGUGGUCUCUUACACCCCUCAUCUCUCCACUGCUGCUGAAUAUCCUUACCAACCAGCCUUGGGAAAAGAUAAUAGGAAACACAGACACAGCUAUGGUUCCGGGCUCACCACCAUUGCUAUGUGGUAAAGUGUCUCGAGACAUCAAGCAGGAGUUGGAUAAACUGAGCUUUGACAUCAGGGCCAAGAAGCUCCGCUGGUUCUCUGAAUGCUUUUCGCCUCCAAGAGGCAGCAGUAACCUGUGGGACUUGGUGUCAAUCAUUAACGGCCAGGAUGACUCACUGCUACCAGCCAGCUACAACAAGGGAGUGAUGCACAUGAAACACCUGCUCAAGUUUAAAACGUCUGAAGCCCAGGAGCUCACUAUAGUCAAGAUGUCUAAAUUUGGAGGAGGCAUUGGAGCUCCAAGUAAAGAGGAGAGGCUGAAAGAAGCAGCAGACAUCUAUCUGAGACUGGGACAAAUUCAAAGACACUGUGAAUUAAUGGUGGAGCUGGGACAGUGGGAGAAAGCAUUAUCUCUGGCACCAGGAGUCUCCAUGAAGUACUGGAAGAAACUCAUGCAGAGGAGAGCUGACCAGCUGAUGGCUGAGGAUAAUGAUGAUGCUAUCCCAUUCUGCAUCGCCACAGGAGACAUAAAAAAACUUGUAACUUUCUUCACUGGCAGAGGACAACUGCAAGAAGCCCUAGUAAUAGCACAGGGAGCGUGUGAAGGGAACAUUCGUGCACCUCAAAGCUCCCCAGUUAACCACACCACCAAUGAUGUGGAUAACAGACAACAAUACCAGAGUCUCCUCCAUGAGGUAUGUAAGGAACUAGCUGAGUGGUACUUCCAGGAUGGAUGCUCUGUCCUGGCAGCAUGCUGCCACCUAUCUGUGGACAACAUCAAGUUAGCAAUGUCGAGUCAUAUCCGAGGUAAUGAGCUGGAGUUGGCUGCAUGUGUGGGUAUCGUCCUAGGAGAGGCAGCCAAUCAGAGCACUGCAUACUGUCUUGAACUCUUGGCCAGGAAGUACAUGACGACACCUACAUGGGAGCUAUCAGCUGACCUACUACUAAUGAUUCCUGACAACCACAUUUUAUUGGCUAAGCUGUGUGCAUUUUACCCAGGAAGUGCCGCUGAAGUCAACCAAUUUCAUCAAAGGUGCGGCCUCCCUUCAGCAGAGGAAUGUAAGGCCAUGGCAGAAGCAGCCAUGUGUGAAGGAGAUUUGUUUUCAGCAGUUAAAUUCCACCUGCUGAGCUCUGAACCUGAAAAUGCCCUCUGGAUAGGGCUGGAUCACGUUAAAGAGCAGAUGACUGGAUCUGACUGGACAGUGGACAGUGUUCAGCCAAUGCUGGACCUGAUGAGUUACAUCAGAACUGACAGCCUGGUCACAGCAAAAUUGACUGAGUGUGUGUGUGUGUGUGUGUGUGUGUGUGUGUGUGUUUGUGUGUGUGGAACCCGCAGUGAGCUGUUGAUCCUGUGUGGUUAUAUUGGAGGUCUGCUGGCCAUUAGAAGACAGUACUCUAACAUCGUACCUGCACUCUACGAAUACACCAGUCAGUUGUUAAAGCGGAGGGAAGUGUGUGUUCCUCUGAAGAUUGAUCAACUGUCUGUGGAGCUGGAUGCCUGGCGGGCCUGCACACAAAGUAACAGCAAUCCUCCAUCAGAGUGUCAAAGAGAAGAGUUCAGCUGCCUCGAGAGAAGAAUCCAGCCAACAGACUCUGGUGCUUUAGUCUUGUGGGGUGCUGAUUAUGUGACAGGCUCCAAUCUGCCAAGCCACUCAGAUGUUCAACUUUCCUGUUUUACUGGACAAAUAAUACAGGGUCCAGUGUUUUUGCUGGAGGAUGGUAAAUCAGCGAUAUCUCUUAAUGAUGCUCUAAUGUGGGCAAAAGUCAACCCUUUCUCCCCUCUGGGAACAGGACUCCGCAUCAACCCAUUCUAACACACGCACACACACACACACAAAUAAAUAAACAAUUAAAUAAAUAACACACACAUACACACACACACACACACACACACACACACACACAAAGAUAAUGGUAUUACAAUUGAAUGUUAAUUAAUAACACCAUGAAGUACAAUAUUGUAAAAAAAUAUAAUUUAACACUAAAUGUGCCAAGUCAGAUAAGAGGUUUAAAAAAGAAGAUGGUGAAUAAGGGAACACUGAGAAGGUGUCAUUACAGUCACAACUUGGUACUAUAAUCACACCUAGUGUCAGCUGCCUCGUAAAGCUAAAAGCUAAGGCCAUAAUGAGGCCUGUUAGCAAGGCAACGCAAGAGAGGAAAGAGUUAAGCUGACUUAAUCAUGUUUUGUUUUUAUUAGGACAAUGCAUAUUAAUCAAUAUUUCAGAACAUUUUUGUGCUUCAGCAAACUGGCUAACUGUAUUUUAUAAUUUACUGAGCCAACAAAUGUGAUGGCGUCAACAUAUAAUACUUUUUUUUUGUGAGAAUGUUUAGUUUCAAACAAGGAUAAUGGUAGAUUUUUAUAUUGGUAAGCUGUCAUGUAAUGAGAACAACAAAAUUAUGUAUUCAGUUGUGAAAGGGUUCUUAUUAAAUGACAUAUUUUAUUUAUUUGGUAGGAUUCCCUCCUUACUACAGCUAAAAAAUUCUCAAAGUGUGAGUAUAUACAGGAUAUAAAUCUAAAUUACCUUAUUCUAUUGUGGAAAAAAAGAAACGCUGAAAUAAAGCAACCACUGCAUAUUUA